GUGGAUUCUUGUCAAGUAGAUUUAGCAAGAUAGAGGCUGUGCUAAGGUUUGGUUAGCUAGUUGCAAGUGUUUUUUUGUUGGGUCUUAUCGGACAGCUUUACAACCUUGUCAUCAUGGAGAAAAUGCUUCCUGCAACAGAGGCGGUCAAAAUCUACCAGACAAACUAUGUGAGAAAUGCCAGGGCCAUUGGUGUUUUAUGGGCAAUUUUUACCAUUUGCUUUGCCAUCAUCACAAUGGUGGUGUUCAUACAGCCCUACUGGAUCGGGGACAGUGUAAACACACCACAGAGCGGCUACUUCGGGCUCUUCUAUUACUGCAUAGGCAACCCUAUCACCUCUGAGCUUGUCUGCAAGGGCAGUGUGCUUGACUUUAGCUCUAUUCCAUCAGGGGCAUUUAAAACCGCCAUGUUCUUCGUGGGAAUCUCAAUGCUGCUUAAUGUGGCCACCAUGGUUUCCUUCAGCCUCUUCUUCUUCUGCAGUGCAGCCAGCGUGUACAAGAUAUGUGCAUGGAUGCAGACCUCAUCAGCGGUGCUGUUGGUGAUGGGCUGUAUGAUUUACCCUGAUGGAUGGGACUCUUCUGAGGUAAAGCGAAUGUGUGGCGAGAGGACGAGUAAGUACACACUAGGGAACUGCACUGUCCGCUGGGCCUACAUUCUGGCUAUCAUCUGCAUCCUGGAUGCACUGAUGCUCGCACUUGUGGCCUUCACACUGGGAAACCGACAGGACAACCUGCUGCCUGGUGAAUUUGAAAUGGAGACAAAAGAAGGUAAGACAAAGAGGUAAACAAUUAUUCUGUAAAACCAAGAAAAGUGACCUUGGCCACUUGAUUUAAAGGGUGUCUCAUGGCUAAUUUCAGGUGACAAAUUCAUCAAGCUAUAUAGGAUUCCAGUGUAAAGGUUUGGGUUACAUACUAAACAUUGCUUAAAUUCAGUAUCUAGAUUUAUUAAGCUAGGUAUAGUAAUUCAAAGAAAAGUCAGAAAAUACACAAAACCUAUACAUCCACAAUGUUUUAGCCUUUAGAAAAAAAUCACAUGCCUCUUUGUCAUUUCAGGAAGUGCCUGAAUCCAGAGGUACUGCAAAGCCACCUACUAUGACCACUGAGACGGAAAUGUGAAUACUAAAAUUCUAAUAAAAACAUCUUGAAUUUGA